CAACAGGCACUUGUCUCUCUCCCUAGCACACACACUACCGUCUCUCUCUCUCACCCUACAUCGAACAUGCACAGGCAGUCUCUGGGCUCACCAGGAUCGAAGCUCCACAAUCAUGGAGUAGGAGGAGGAGCAGUGAAGGAAGAGAACCUCACAGUAGAGGACCAGAACCGAAAGGACCAAGUGUCCUCACUCAUCAACGACGAUGAAGACAACAAGUCACAGAAACCUCACAAAUCGACUUUGAAACCAGAGAGAUUUGUACACUCCAUUCCACUCCUCGUCGUCGUCUGCUUCCUCGUCCUCUACCUCUCCUCUCACGAUCCAUCUCAAAUAGAUUUAGCUGCUCAGUUCAACGACUUCAAUCAACUAUCGAAGCCUCUAGAUUUGACAGAGAGUGACGAUUUCGGACGAGUUUUGGAGGUGAAAAAGGGCGAUGUUUUGGCGAUUCGGAGCCUCAGAAACUUGCAGGAGAUCGGAAAGCGUGUUCCGGAGUAUCGAUUCCACCGGAAAAUGGGCGAUUUCUAGUCGGCAUUUUAGGUUUCUCUGUGAUUUUCUCUCUCUAAAUUCCCUCUCUCUCUCUCUCUCUCUCUCUCUAUCCCUCUGUAUUUUUGAGUUUGCAGGUACGAGUCCUCCGUCGGUGGAGCUCGUAUGUGUGUAAUUUUUCGCACGUGUAUACGCGAUAGCAUGUAAUAUUGUUGCCUCUGUAUAAUAUAUUUCAUUCUUACGAAUA